AUGUGGAAUAAGAGCAGACUUGUACUGACACUUCAAUCCUUCUCCUUUAGGAACACUAUCGACGAGCAGAAAUCGAACAAUGGAAUCAAAACGGCCGUUGAUCGUGACAUUGGCCGGCAUCUGCCAACAUCUAAAACCACCACGGCGCCUUCGCUACCCGAGAUCGGAGCGGGCCAGGCAUUCAGCGAGAGUGUGGACGAGGCUUUGAAAGGUCCCGAGGGCAUGGCGAGUGACAAAGCCCAGCGGAUCGAUGAUUCAGUCAAAGUCGGUUCCAUGGAGGCCGAGGGUCAGGAUCUGCAUGAUAAGGCGGCAGCAAAGCAACCAUGA